AAGUUGAUCAAUCUCCAAAUUCAUUCUAAGAUUGUCAUAUUUCUACAACCAAACUCACCUCACUAAUAUUAGCUAAAAAAAUCCCCCUCUUCUUCCCAAUCUCCCUACUCUUUUGACUGUUUUUCUCCUCCUUCCCUCAGCGUGACCCCCUACCCCCACUCCCCCUUCCGGGGUCGCGCGAUCUUACAACAUCGAAAAAACCGAAAUCUUUUUCAUAUCCUCCUUUGUCCUUCUUGUCGGAUCUAAUGGCGGCGCCGGCAGAAUUAGCACAAACAGAUAUAGAAGGAAUCGACGGUGUUCGUAUGACAUGGAAUUCAUGGCCACGUACGAAAGUUGAAGCUAGUAAAUGCGUUAUCCCAAUUGCUUCAUCGAUCCAUUUGAUUCGUCAUCAUCCUGAUCUAGCUACUCUCCCUUACCCUCCUCUUCGUUGUAAAACUUGUACUACAGUUAUUAACCCUUUCGCUCGUGUUGAUUUUCAAGCUCUUAUUUGGAUCUGUCCUUUCUGUUUCCAACGUAAUCACUUUCCUCAUCAUUAUUCGGGGAUGAAUGAGGCGAGUGUACCUGCGGAGCUGUAUCCGCAGUGUACGACGAUUGAGUACAGUAUAGGUGCGCCGCGAUCUGACUUUGGUAAUUAUCUGCCGGUUUAUUUGUUUGUGCUGGAUACGUGUAUGUUGGAGGAGGAAUUGGAAUAUGCGAAAUCGGGGUUGAAGAGAGCGAUUGAUAUGUUACCGGAUAAUGCGAUGGUGGGGUUUAUAUCGUAUGGGACGCAAGUGCAGGUACAUGAAUUGGGGUUUUCUGAUAUGUCUAAGGUGUAUGUGUUUAGGGGUUCGAAGGAGUUGACGAAAGAUCAGGUUUUGGAGCAGUUGGGGUUAGGUGUUGCAAGAAGGGGUGUUGUUGGCGGCGGUGUUGGUGGUCCGAAUGUUGGUGUUACGAGGUUCUUGUUGCCUGCUUCCGAGUGUGAAUAUACGUUGAAUUCGUUGUUAGAUGAAUUGAGCACAGAUCAGUGGCCAGUUCCACAAGGGAAUAGAGCGUUACGAUGCACAGGUGUUGCUUUGAGUGUAGCAGCUGGAUUGCUAGGAGCUUGUAUGGCUGGUGCUGGUGCUCGGAUCGUGGCUUUAGUGGGAGGUCCUUGCACAGAGGGACCUGGGGCGAUUGUGUCGAAAGAUCUAACAGAACCAGUUCGUUCUCAUAAGGAUCUUCACAAGGAUGCAGCACCUUUUUUUAAAAAGGCAGUUCAUUUCUACGAGGAACUCGCAAAACAGCUUGUUAGUCAAGGUCAUGUCUUGGAUGUGUUUGCUUCAGCACUUGAUCAGGUUGGGGUUGCUGAGAUGAAAGUAGCUAUUGAAAAAACAGGAGGAUUAGUUGUUCUAGCAGAAAGCUUUGGUCAUUCUGUUUUCAAAGAUUCUUUCAAGCACAUCUUUGAAGAUGGUGAACAGUCUCUUGGGCUGUCCUACAAUGGUACAUUAGAGAUCAACUGCUCCAAGGAUAUUAAAAUUCAAGGGAUAAUUGGACCAUGCACAUCUUUAGAGAAGAAAGGACCUGCUGUUUCCAACACAGUUAUUGGUGAGGGGAAUACUACAGCUUGGAAGCUGUGUGGUCUCGACAGAAACACUUGCUUAACUGUUUUCUUUGAUGUUUCAUCUAGUGAGAAAUCAGACCCCUCAGGCAAUAUAAAUCCGCAAUUGUACAUACAGUUUCUCACGAGUUACCAGAGCCCUGAUGGUCAAACCAAACUACGAGUCACGACUGUUACAAGAAGAUGGGUUGAUGCUGCUGUUAGCAAUGAGGAAUUAGUGCAAGGGUUUGAUCAAGAGACUGCUGCGGUUGUAGUUGCUAGAUUAACUUCUUACAAAAUGGAAACGGAGGAAGAUUUUGAUGCCAUAAGGUGGCUAGAUCGUAUUCUCAUUCGUCUGUGUGCCAAGUUUGGUGAUUAUUGGAAGGAUGACCCCAGUUCAUUCACUUUGAAUCCGUCAUUUUCAUUGUUCCCUCAAUUCAUGUUUCAUUUACGGCGAUCCCAAUUCUUACAAGUGUUCAAUAACAGUCCAGACGAGACAGCAUAUUUCCGCAUGUUGCUCAAUCGAGAGGGCGUAAGCAAUGCUGCCGUCAUGAUUCAGCCAACACUAACGGCAUUUUCAUUCAAUUCACUGCCUUCCCCUGCUUUGCUGGAUGUGGCAUCCAUUGCAGCUGAUCGCAUUCUCUUGUUGGAUGCUUAUUUUAGUGUAGUUAUUUUCCACGGAAUGACAAUAGCUCAAUGGAGAAACAUGGGAUACCAGAAACAGCCUGAGCACCAGGCAUUUGCACAACUGUUGCAAGUUCCCCAUGAUGAGGCCCAAACAAUCAUCCGCGAGAGGUUUCCUGUUCCAAGACUGGUAGUAUGUGAUCAGCAUGGCUCUCAGGCAAGAUUCCUGUUGGCAAAGUUGAAUCCAUCUGCCACGUACAAUAAUGCAAACGAUAUGGCAGCUGGAUCAGACGUGAUCUUUACAGAUGACGUGAGUCUUCAAGUGUUCUUUGAGCAUCUUCAGCGGCUGGCUGUGCAUUCUUCUUGACACAAGAAGAAAGGUGGAGCUUUACUGUUAAUGCUCAUCUCAGUUAUGUGAAAAAUCUUAAUUGAGUUUACCUCAUCUAUCGCGCUAGCCUCUUGUCGGAAGUUACACCAUCAUCUUCCUGUCAUCCGUAAGCUGAGAGGUUUGAACCAGAUAUUAUUGGAAAACUAGAACUACAUAUAUGACAUUCUUUCAGGUAUGAGGAGGUACUUUUGCUUCCUGUGAAAAUAAAUGGGUAAAUCGACUCAUUGUUCUCUAUAGUUAUAUCAGAAGGGGGCUAUGUUUUAAGUCAAAUGGCAUGUUUUGCUUCCUCAGGCUGUUGAACGAGAAGAUAGUUUAUGUCGGCAACUUCCUUUUUUUUUUUGUUGGUCAUUACCAGGCAAAGAGUUUGUGCUGUUUUUGUAUUGAAUUUAUAGUUGUAGUUUAUUGGGAUUAAGGCUUGUAGGGUAGGAGAAGUCUUUGAUAACAUUUGCUUAUUUUGGGCUUCAUUCAUAAUUUAUAGUAUAUCCCCAUAUACAUCUGUGGACAA